GGACAGGACAGGUGAAGACUAGUAAUAUUGCUCUCUACUCAAGUCGUGGUUGUGAAGAUGUUCCUACAGCUCGGCAUAAAUUACCUCGAGUGCAUAUUUGCAACUGUACUGGCAUGGAUCCGUGGCACGUCACAGUUAUCAUCUACAGGAAAAGUAAAUCCAGCUACAAUCAAGGUGGUGCAAAAGACAGUAUCUCAAGCUGCGGCAACUCCAAGAAGUGUCAAUUAUCAUUUUACCCGACAGUGCAAUUAUAAGUGCGGUUUUUGUUUCCACACUGCAAAAACGUCUUUUGUCCUACCCAUUGAGGAAGCAAAGAGAGGUUUACAGCUUCUGAAGGAAUCAGGUAAAUUUGGCCAAAGAUUAUAUUUAUGCUAUUUCAAAUCCCUAUUUAAAUUCACAUUAUAUGCUAUUACAUUAGUAUUAAAGCCUAUGUGUUUCUAAUGUAAUAUUUUAUUCAGAGUUUAGAAUUCAGAAUUUCAUUAUUUUUGCAGGACUGGAAAAAAUUAACUUUUCUGGCGGAGAGCCUUUCAUACACGACAGAGGUGAUUUCUUGGGGAAAUUAGUCCAAUACUGCAAACACGACCUCCAGCUUCCAAGUGUCAGUAUUGUCAGCAAUGGCAGCAUGAUUAGAGAGAAGUGGUUCCACACAUAUGGUAAGAUGGUUUUCAUUUUAGGUUCUGUGUUAAAAGAAAAUAUUUUAAGGCCGACCAACGUUACCCCGGUGAUCGUCAUUAUAUCAGAGAUCACCCAUAAUUAAUAAACAAUCCUCAUUAUUCUCAUGCGGUCAGGAAACAAAGUUCAUUUUAUUGACACUAGAUGUCAGCACCGGGUUAGUUUUGAUGUGAGGUCACAAAAUGAAAACUCAGAGAAGCAUUUCACAUGUUUUAUUUGAAAUGCCUCGCAGUUGACUCCUUAAAAAAUGUAGGACUCAUCAUAAAAGGCAUACGUUGAUCAUCAAAUUGUUUUUAAAAACGACUAGUUUAUAUUUUUACCUAAAAAAAUCGGAACUAUCACAUGUAUGUCUGGAUAUGAAUACAUUUAGAAUUCAUUGGUGUUUCAAAAUACAAUUCUUUGAGAUUAUGUCAGUGUUAUUAUCAAAAUGCUCCUUGUCCUCACAGGCAAAUACCUGGACAUUCUGGCCAUUUCCUGUGACAGCUUUGAUGAGGACACCAACCACACUAUUGGCAGAGCCCAGGGCAGGAAGAGCCACCUGGACAACCUCUUCAAGGUCCGGGAGUGGUGCCAGAAGUACAAAGUGGCGUUCAAAGUCAACUCUGUGAUCAACACCUUCAAUGUGGAUGAAGACAUGAGAGAAAAAAUCACCGGACUCAACCCUGUACGCUGGAAGGUUAGGGUGUUCCAGUGCAUUAACAUUACUCACCAGUAAUACUGUAUCUGUAAAUAGAGGUGUUUUCUCAUACCAUAGAUAGUAGUAAGUGAGUUGUAUGGCCUUGACUUCACUGUGUGUGCUGUAUAGGUGUUCCAGUGUCUGCUGAUCGAUGGCGAGAACGCUGGGGAGAACAGUCUGAGGGAGGCAGAGAGGUUUGUCAUCAGCGACCAGCAGUUUCAGGACUUCCUGGAUAGGCACAGCAGCAUCAGCUGCCUGGUACCAGAGUCCAAUCAAAAGGUAUGGGACUGGACUAAAGACGAAGACAACACAAUAUUAUACUUUUUUGUUGUCAGUUAUUGAUAUUAUGAUGGUUCAACAACUACUAGUCCAUUUAAGUUGUUUCUGAAUGCUAUUAAGGUUCAAAGUACACUAUUAGAAAAAAGGGUUCCAAAAGGGUUCUUCUGCUGUCCCCAUAGGAUAACCUUUUUUGGUUCCAGGUAGAACAGUUUUUGGUUCCAGGUAGAACCUUCUUUUGGGUUGCAUGUAGAACUCUCUGUUGACAAUAUUGUAAUACAAAAUAGUUGUGACAUUAACAUGUUUCCUUGUUGUCUUAUCUUGUCAGAUGAGAGAUUCCUACCUCAUCCUGGAUGAAUAUGUAAGUCCUUUUUAUCAAUAUGUUAUUUUACAUGAUACUCACUCUACAUUCACAGGCUUUGAGAAGGGUGAAAUGAGAUGAUGAUUUGCAGAUAUUUUAUAUUUAUUAGUAUUAGAUAUGAAGUUUCAUAGCAGUGAUAUUUUGAUAAUGGACUAGAUUGUCAAGAGGCUCUUAUAUUACCCGUUGGUAACACUUUAUAAUAACUUUCAUGAUUAAGCCUUUAUAAAUGCUUAUAAAAUACUUUAUAAAUUAUUCUACAUGUUCUAAAUGCUUAUGAAUUUGACGUUUUUAUAUGCUUUUUUAGAUGCGUUUCCUGGAUUGCAGAGAGGGGAGGAAAGAUCCAUCCAAGUCCAUCCUUGAUGUUGGCGUGGAAGAGGCCAUUCAAUUCAGUGGCUUUGACGAGAAGAUGUUCCUAAAGAGAGGAGGGAAAUAUGUGUGGAGCAAAGCUGACAUGCGGCUAGAGUGGUGAUCCACACAUUAUAAUCAGUUAUUGCUACACUCCUAAAUGUAUUUUUGUGUUUUUCUAUUUAAA